AUGAAUUUCUCUACUUUCGUCCAGGCUGUGCUUACUGCAUCGACCUAUGCCAUCGAUCCUGCUGCUAUCUACAAUGGAGGUUACAAUUCAACGAACAAUAUCGUCCUUCGCAUUGGCAAUGGUGGUGCCGGCCAGAGCGGGCUGAUUGAGGCCCUGGCCAACGCCUUCAUCAAGGCCAGUGUCAAAAACGGCACUGACCCGUUCGAGAUUGCCUGGUACAAAUCUGAUACCACCCAGUCAAUCAACUACCUCCAAGACGGCACCGUCGACAUCGGAAUCACCUACACGCCUGCCGCCGAACAGUUGGCCAUAAAAACGGGCAUCGCCAAGUCCCCAGCAUGGUACGCCUGGCGCGACCACUUCCUCCUAGUCGGCCCCGCCUCGAACCCGGCCAACCUCUCCAAGAACCAGGAUAUCCAAACCCAAUUCUCAACCCUAUACACGACCGCCGAAGCAGGGAACACGGAUCCCCCCGUACGCUUCCUUACCCGCUACGACAAAUCCGCGACGAAUAUCAAGGAGUCUCAGCUGUGGAUCGAAAUAGGUCAAGUCCCCUGGGCUACCGCGUACUCGACCUGGUACCAUCAGUACAUCACGUAUCCGAUCCAGGCGUUGACGGCUGCUAUCUUGCUUGAUGAGUAUACUAUCACCGAUCGCGGAACCUAUUUGUCUAUUUCGACACAGCUGCAGAAUCAAACUACCAUUUACAAGGCUGGUACUGAUGAUGCGGCGGAUCCUUUGCUCAACCCAGCUCAUAUUUUGAUUGGAGAGGGUGCGAAGAAUGAGAGGAUGGCGGAUAGAUUUGCGCAGUGGGCUAUUAGUGAUGAGGGGCAGAAGGUUAUUACUGGCUUUAAGAAGAAUGGGGAGCAGUUGUAUACUGCUGCUCCGGAAAACAAGACUGCUCAGUUCUAG